AUGGCUGAACCCAGGAUGUAGAGAAAUUGCAUUAACCCAGAGGUGACUGUUUGGUUAAGGGAAGUAAGGUAUAGAUGUAGGAGGUAGCUAUAGGUUUAAGUGGGGUGGAUGGAUCUCAAGCUAGAAACCAGCCAGAGCAUGUCACACAUCGCUCAGUUGGAGAGUGGUUGCAAGCCAAAGCAUGACAAAUGUCCCUCAAUUGAGAGUGGUGGUUGGGGGAGUGUUCAGCUGAGAAAGUGGACACCACCUUACCCUUUGGCCUAUGAGAUUCACCCCCAGAGGAAGCUACAUGGUUCUGAGUGGUUCUUUCUUUCUUUCUUUUAACUCCUCAUUCAAUUUCAAGAGGCAUCCACCAAUCCUCCUCUCAGUGUCUCAUCAAAACAGAAGCCAAUUAGCGCAAGGAAGUGCUCGCGCCCAACUCCCCUGCUCUCUCUCUCUGUUUUUAUUUUCUGUUCUGUGAUACCCCUGGGUUUCAAUUUUUUAAAUAAUGAAUAGCCCCCCCCCCCUCCCCCCUUCCACUUGUUAUGCUGGCCUCAAAGUGGGAGAGAUUAUUAUUAUUAUUUUUAAUAAUUGGGGGGGGGGGGGGUGUAGAUCAGCUUUAAUAUUGGAGAUAGAUUGUGGCUUCUAUCAAUGUAAUUGUCUGCAUGAUUUCAAAUCCCCCAUAUAUAUUUUUUGUAAAUAUAUAUUAUUUUAAAUAUAUCUUUAUUAUGAAAUAUAUUUUCCUUCUUUAUUAUUUUCCCCUAACCCUACCACCCCUCCCCUAAUUGGAGGAAACAAAUGGACAUCAAUACUUAGGCUUCUACUUCCAGCUUAUACAUACUAUAUACAUUUUACAGACACAGUAUACAGUAUAUUUUACUUAUCUUUUUUAUUUUAUUUUUUUUGUCUCUGAAAACCAUCCAGUUCUGAUUUCUAAUUGCCAUAUACACUACAUGACCAAAAGUAUGUGGAAACCUGCUCGUCGAAUAUCUCAUUCCAAAAUCAUGGGCAUUAAUAUGGAUUUGGUCCCCUCUUUGCUGCUAUAACAGCCUCCACUCUUCUGGGAAGGCGUUCCACUAGAUGUUGGAACAUUGCUGCGGGGACUUGCUUCAUUCAGCCACAAGAGCAUUAGUGAGGUCGGCACUGGUGUUAGGCGAUUAGGCCUGGCUCAUAGUCGGCGUUCCAAUUCAUCCCAAAGGUUUUUGACGGGGUUGAGGUCAGGACACAGAUCUCGACAAACCAUUUCUGUAUGGACCUCGCUUUGUGCACGGGGGCAUUGUCAUGCUGAAACAGGAAAGGGCCUUCCCCAAACUGUUGCCAAAGAAUCGUCUAGAAUGUCAUUGUAUGCUGUAGCGUUAAGAUUUCCCUUCACUGGAACUAAGGGGCCUAGCCCGAACCAUGAAAAACAGCCCCAGACUCAUUCCUCCUCCACCAAACUUUACAGUUGUCACUAUGCAUUGUAGCGUUCUCCUGGCAUCUGCCAAACUCAGAUUAAUCCGUCAGACUGCCAGAUGGUGAAGCGUGAUUCAUCACUCCGGAGAACGUGUUUCCACUGCUCCAGAGUCCAACGGCGGCAAGCUGUACACCACUCCAGUCGACACUUGGCAUUGCACAUGGUGAUCUUAGGCUUGUGUGCAACUGCUAGUCCAUGGAAACGCAUUUUAUGAAGCUCCCGACUAACAGUUCUUGUGCUGACAAUGCUUCCAGAGGCAGUUUGGAACUUGGUAGUGAGUGUUGCAACCGAGGACAGACGAUUUUUACGUGCUACGUGCUUCAGCACUCUGCGGUCCCGUUCUGAGAGCUUGUGUUGCCUACCACUUCACGGCUGAGCCAUUGUUGCUCCCAGACGUUUCCACUUCACAAUAACAGCACAUACAGUUGACCGGGGCAGCUCUAGCAGGGCAUAAAUUUGACUAACUUACUUUCUGGAAAGGUGGCAUCCUAUGACGGUGACACGUUCUUCAGUACGGGCCAUUCAGUUGCCAAUGUUUGUCUAUGGAGAUUGCAUGGCAAUGUGCUCAAUUACUUUACACCUGGCAGCAACGGGUGUGGCUGAAAUAGCCGAAUCCACUCAUUUGUAGGGGUGUCCACAUACUUACUUCAGCAAGACAAAGGAGCUGAUCGUGAACUACAGGAAACGCAGGGCCGAGCACGCCCCCGUCCAUAUCGACGGUGCUGUAGUGGAGCGGGUCGAGAGCUUCAAGUUCCUCGGUGUCCACAUCACUAAGGAAAUGUCAUGGUCCACACACACCAACACAGUCAUGAAGAAGGCACGACAAUGCAUUUUCCCCCUCAGGAGGCUGAAAAUAUUUGGCAUGAGCCCUCAGAACCUCAAAGUUCUACAGCUGCACCAUUGAGAGCAUCUUGACUGGCUGCAUCACCGCUUGGUAUGGCAACUGCUUGGCAUCCGACUGCAAGGCGUUACAGAGGGUAAUGCGUACAGCCCAGUACUUCACAGCGGCCAAGCUUCCUGCCAUCCAGGAACUCUAUACCAGGUGGUGUCAGUGGAAGGUCCUAAAAAUUGUCAAAGACUUCAGCCACCCAAGUCAUAGACUGUUCUCUCUGCUACCGCAUGGCAAGCGGUACCGAUGCACCAAGUCUGGAACCAACAGGACCCUGAACAGCUUAUACCCCAAGCCAUAAGACUGCUAAAUAGUUAGUUGAAUAUACUGAACAAAACUAUAAAUGUAAAGUGUUGGUUCCGUGUUUCAUGAGCUGAAAUAAAAGAUCCCAGAACAUUUCCAUAUGCACAAAAAGCUUAUUUCUCUAAAAUGUUAGUGAGCAUUUCUCCUUUACCAAUAUAAUCCAUCCACCUGACAGUUGUAGCAUAUCAAGAAGCUGAUUAAAUAGCAUGAUCAUUACACAGGUGCAGCUUGUGCUGAGGACAAUAAAAGGUCACUCUAAAAUGUGCAGUUUUGUCACACAACACAAUGCCACAGAUGUCUCAAGUUUUGAGGGAGCGUGCAAUUGUCAGUACGUCCAACCGGCCUCACAACCGCAGACCAUGUGUAUGGCGUUGUGUGGGCGAGUGGUUUGCUGAUGUCAACAUUGUGAACAGAGUGCCCCAUGGUGGCGGUGGGGUUAUGGUAUGAGCAGGCAUAAGCUACGGACUACGAACACAAUUACAUUUUAUCGAUGGCAAUUUGAAUGCACAGAUAUACUGUGACAAGAUCCUGAAGCUCAUUGUCAGGCCAUUCAUCCACCGCCAUCACCUCACGUUUCAGCAUGAUAAUGCACAUCCCUAUGUAGCAAGGAUCUGUACACAAUUCCUGGAAGCUGAAAAUGUCCCAGUUCUUCCAUGGCCUGCAUACUCACCAGACAUGUCACCCAUUGAGCAUGUUUGGGAUGCUCUGGAUCUACGUGUACGACAGCGUGUUCCAGUUCCCGUCAAUAUCCAGCAACUUCACACAGCCUUUGAAGAAGAGUGGGACAACAUUGCACAGGCCACAAUCAACAGCCUGAUCAACUAUAUGCGAAGGAGAUGUGUUGUGCUGCAUGAGGCAAAUGGUGGUCACACCAGAUACUGACUGGUUUUCUGAUCCACACCCCUACCUUUUUUUAAGGUGUCUGAGACCAACAGAUGCAUAUCUGUAUUCCCAGUUAUGUGAAAUCUAUAGAUUAGGGCCUAAUGAAUUUAUUUCAAUUGACUGAUUUCCUUAUAUGAACUGUAAUUCAGUAAAAUCUUUUAAAUCUGCAUUGACCCUUUUUUGCACUAACUCUUUUGACUCAUCACACACUGCUGCUUCUGUUUAUUAUCUAUCCUGUUGCCUUGUCACUUUAUCCCUACCUAUAUGUACAUAUCUAUCUCAAUUACCCAUGUUACCAUUACUAAUUCUGUAUUUAUUAUUUUACUAUUAUUUAUAAAUUUUUCUUUCUGCAUUGUUGGGAAGGGCCCUGAGUAAGUAGUUCAUUGCUAUUCUACACCUGUUGUUUUACGAAGCAUGUGACACAUAACAUUAGAUUUCUCUCUCUCUCUCUCUCCUCUCUCUCUCCUCUCUCUCCUCUCUCUCUCCUCUCUCUCUCUCUCUCUCUCUCUCUCUCUCUCUCUCUCUCUCUCUCCUCUCUCUCUCUCUCUCUCUCUCUCUCUCUCUCUCUCCUCUCUCUCUCUCUCUCUCUCUCUCUCUCUCUCUCUCUCUCUCUCUCUCUCUCUCUCUCGUGUUCUGAUCUAACUGAUCCUAAACUAAUCCCCCCACCCUUUCUCUCUCUCAGGGACAAGAUGCCGUUCCACCAUGUGACGGCAGGGCUGCUGUACAAGGGGAACUAUCUGAGUCACUCUCUGUCUGAGGACAACGACUGUGACCAGCUAGCCAGCAUCUCUGUGGAGGAGCUAGAUGGUGAGUCCCCCCAGGGCUUGGGCUGGUACUACUGCGGCUAGGUUGGUUUGGGCUUGGUUGGUUUGGGAUGGGCUUGAUUGGUUUGGGUGAGAUGGGAUAGAGAUUAGGACUGGGACGGUGGAUUUGGCUGGUGAGGGGCAUAAAGGGACUUUGGGGAAGGCUGGGAUUUGGGUGUUUGAUAUGGCCAGGAUAAACAGUAGGCUAGAGAUAGUGAUGGGAUAAGUAGUAAGACAGUAUUCUUAACCUAAACACAGUUUUGACAUGAAUCAGCGAGCUUGGACCAGUCAAGACAUUUAUUGACAAACACCACUUGCUCCUGUUGCUGGAGCCAACAAACCGUUGGCUUUAUAAACUAUGAACCUUCUAAACUAUGACUCAAUGUUCUUAACAUCACUUAUCGCACCAGUAGAAUUCGAUUAAUGGGCUCUUGCUCUCUCUGUAUUUGGCAUUAAUUAGAGGCAGUGGCUGAGUCUGUGUUUAUGAACGCUUUUGUCUUGUGUGUGUGUGUGAGUGUGUUCUGUACGUUGUUCUGAGACUUAUCACCCCACUGGCCAGGCCGGCGGUGGAGCCCAGCCCAGGCCUGAUCGAUAUUAUCCUCUGCUGGAAACAACAUCAUCACAGUGGUCAUAGUGGGGGGGAGGGGGGAAUGAACUACACUAGAUGCUCUCAGACCACAAAUACUGUAUUAAUCCAAUGAUGUCACAUUAAAAGAAAAUUCCACCCAAAACUAUAUUUUGGUAUUAGUUUCAGUAGUCCAUUGUUGACAUAGUCCCAAAAUGUUUUGCUUGUCAGCAAUCAAGUUUUCAAGAUACAUAACUUUGAAAAUACAGAAAUCAUCACCGUAUGAUGCAUUUUGCAUCAUAUGAUACAAAACACAGCAUCAUAUGAUGCAAAAUGCAUCAUACGGUGAUGAUUUCUGUAUUUUCAAAGUUUUCCUUUAAGGUGCCUAUGGCAAAUUGGAUGCAGAGUGCACCGUAAUAGGCUAAUAGCCACCUACUCUGUCAGAGUCGGGUGGUGUUAUUAUGCUACAGCUAUAUUGGCAGUUGGCACUGCAUGUCUUUCUCUCGUUUGAUUUGUUAAGUUGUUUUGCUAUGGUGGUAAUGUAUUGGGUAAAUGUAAUGAAUUGGGUAAUGCGUAUAGCUCUUAUCGGGAGGUCCUCAUAAGGUCAAUCAAUGUAAUGGACAAAUACAAAUAUACUGUACCUCUGUCAGCAGAAACAAAGACAUAAAGGUAUUGAUCAUAUAUGAUCAGCAAUCAUCUCCUUGGCUUAUUAGUUUAUCCAUAGUAGCUUACACAGGCAGCUACCAUUUAGCAUGUUCACCCUUUCUACCAUGGGGAUAUUUACUGAGGCAAUUUGGUGAGCCUACCUGUAAGUGUCUUUAUCUAUGGCCAUUAAAGUGAUACAGUGUAACUAUACUGAGUUGAACUAGCUGACUCACCACAUACAGCACGUUGUCAUCAGUCAGCUUUAGUACAGCUACACAUUGUCAACCUCUCAGCCUGUUGGAGAGGGGAUGUAGUUGCCCUGUAUGUCUUGUUCUACUAGCGUGGUGAGGACUGUCUGAUUUGUGUGUGGUUGGUGUGUGUGUGUGUGUGUGUGUGUGUGUAGUGCUCUGAGCACUGCAGCAUGUAGAAUAGAUGUUUGUGUGGGUAGAGAGCUUUGUGUACCAGGUAGUCUUGCCUCUGUCGAGGCCGAUCUGUGCUGCUACUGCUUCUGCUGCUGUGUCUGAAAGGUCAGGCAAGAUGUGUGUAUAAGAUUAUAAUUUACAGACACAUACAGCACCGACACCACUAACUUCAUAUCACAUAGCAAAUAUCACAAAUUAUAAACACUGGGAAAGUAGGGAUAAGUAGUGUUCAGUAAGGAGAAAACGUUUUCAAACCAGGAGCUAUUAUUUGAAGUUGUCCAAUUAGAAAGUUUUACGUUGUAAAAAGUUUUACUACGGUGUGCCCUACUGAACAUGAGCGUGCUGAUGCACUUGGCCUAGAUUGCAAAGCAGGGUGCUGUUAAAGUGACUCUAAAUUCAAGUCUUUUUUUCAUUUCUCCGUCUGAACAUUUCCUUAGGUAUUCCUGUUCCUUUGGUAUUACUUUGUCAUACAUUCUUUGUCAUCAUUCUCCGCGGUAAAGCUUUGGUUUUCAGAGCAUCAGAAGAGGGCCCUAAUGGAUAUGGGAGCAGUUGUGCAUGAAAUAGCGAAAUAGCGGGAGAGACCUGUAUGAAUAUAUGACACAAGGUCUGAAUGUUGUUGGUGUGUUCAAAUGGGCCCGAGGCCUCAGACACAGGAACCUACUAUAUAAAGGCCUGAGUACCUCACUGCUCUGUUCUGCUUUGCUCUGCUCCUCCUGAUGGGUUUAUUCAUGAGACACUCAUUUCAAUGUACCAAAAUAAAUCCAUACACCCUUGAUGUGCUUGUGUUGUUCUCUGUAUGUGUUGUGUUGUGCUGUGUGUGUCUGUGUGUGUCUGUGUGUGUGUGUGUGUGUGUGUGUGUGUCUGUGUGUGUGUGUUCUCUAAAACAAGCGUCUUUGGUUGGAACUAGCUUUUGUACUGCGUUAUGAAUGAUAAUGGCUAAGUGUGUUGCUCGGGACAGAUGUUUUGGGAAGCAGGGAAUGACAAAAGACUGUUCAGAGGCUGGUACAACGACUAACCUGAACCCUCGGUAACAUCUGAGUGCUUUUAACGAUCCGAAAUAUCGUUUCUCAUUUUACGAGGUGAUUUAAACACAGAGAAAAACCAUUAGAUUUACACACCAUUGUCCUCCUUGCAGCUCAGAGCACCAAAUCACUCCUCCUCCCCUGACUGGCAAUGAAUGAAUGACAGCUUCUCAGUAGAUGAUUGUCAGGUGAUUGACCAAGGAUAGGCUAAAGAUUGGCAGCAUGGGCGGGUCUCCUCUAGCAUGAAACUUUACUUCAUGCUUGGGUUAUCUUUGGACUGUGUUAACCUGUUGUUUGUUCUUUCUCAUGGUUUCAGCCAAGAACUCUACCACUACUAUGUUCUGUUUAUCAACAUGGUAUUUUCAAGACUGGUCCCGUAAUAUUAAUGUUCUUGUUAGCACCUGUGUUCUCAAAAAGUGUAUGACAUUGCCUUCCAUAUCUGGGACACGUUUGGACUUGAUUCAUGUUUGAGUUAGCCUGGGUCUUGGGUGAGGUACAGUCCUGUGUAAUACAUUGUUGCAUUGUUGCAAGGCCACAGGACUCUCUCUCUCUCUCCCUGGUCCUGGUGAGGUAAAGCCAUGUAUUCCAGUAGUACCCAGCCUCAAAUUAUUGAGUGUUCAGCAGUGUGCUGAAGCAUACCAUGCAAUCAUAGUGUUCUUUAGAGAUCUGAAAUUCCACCUUUAAUUAAAAACACCCGUGGCUGCCUCUCUCUCUCUCUUUCAAUCUCUCUGCAUCUCUCCCUUUCCCCUCUCUUUCUUUCUCUCUAUCCCUCUCUCUCUCACUCUCUCUCUCUGUCUCUCUCUCUAGUUCUCUCUCUCUGUGUCUCUUUCUCCCUGCUUAUUGCCUCCCGGUCAUAAGCCCUCUCCUCUCUGUAGACACACGAAUAAAAUAUGAAUUCAUAAAAGCACAGAGGAGCCUGCUGACUUUUAGGCUCGACGCUGACGGGUAUCUUACAAACUGAAGGGAAGGAGUAGCACAGACAUAGUACAACGGCUUGUCGUACACACAGGGCAAGCUUAUUUGUCACCACCAUAAAAGUUGCCUACAGGUUAUUGCAGAUGUCAUUUGCAAUGUUCUUGAGCUAAGGCAUAGAGCUAAAAUAAUCCCUAACCAUGGUGGAUGCUCUCCUCUCCUCUCCUCUCCUCUCCUCUCCUCUCCUCUCCUCUCCUCUCCUCUCCUCUCCUCUCCUCUCCUCUCCUCUCCUCUCCUCUCCUCUCCUCUCCUCUCCUCUCCUCUCCUCUCCUCUCCUCUCCUCUCCUCUCCUCUCCUCUCCUCUCCCUUCUCCUUUUGUGCGUUUUGUGUUGACAGAGAUCCGGGAGGCAUUCAGAGUGUUGGACCGGGAUGGGAACGGGUUCAUCUCCAAGCAGGAGCUGGGCAUGGCCAUGAGGUCCCUGGGAUACAUGCCCAGUGAGGUGGAGCUGGCCAUCAUCAUGCAGAGACUAGACAUGGAUGGUGAGUCACCUUCAGUACACAUUUCACACAUGUACAGUACAACAGACACAUGCAGUUGCACGUGUAACAGAAGGUCCCAUGUUCGAGUCCAGUGAGAGACAGGAACAGGACCCACUCUGUAACACGCACACACACAUAUUUAAACAUAAACAGAUCCCUUCCCUCCUGUUUUCAUACCAUGAUCACGCACAUACAAAGACAUGGACAGGGUCAUAGACAUACUAUCAGACAUACACAUAUACAUAAAUAAAUCCUGCUCUUCCUUUUAUACACAUGGGCCUAGAUAUGACUACAUAAUCACAAACAUAAUCAAUACAUUGACAUGAGUACUCAUUCACCAUUAUGCACACACAUUUGCAUAUACAUGCAGUACAUUACAUGCGCACAAAAAUGUGCACUCAUUCGCACCAUAUAUUCAAAUCACGACCUCCACUUUUACACUUUAUAUGAGCAUGAAGGAUCCUACUAUCCAAACACACACCGGAGGAGAACUUAACACAUCCCAUAGUCCCACUGUAGCAAUAUCUAUCUCUAAGCUGUAGAUGUGUAACAUGCUGGCUGUGGUCCCUUGCUCCAUUUCAUCUUAAUGCACCGUAUUGCACAUAUUUCCGCUAACACACACACGUGCACGCACACACACGCACGCACCAUGCACGCACCAUGCACGCACACACACAACAUGUGAUUACAGUAGGUCACACAGGGUGCCUGUGGUUUCUGUACUGAAGCCAGUCCCUGCUGUGACCUGCCAGAGAAGAUCUACAUCAGCUGAAAUCUGCUACUGUAACACAACACCCCCUCUCAGCUUUAACCUCUGACCCCUGACCUCUGUUUAUUUGUUUUUUCUCCUUGACUUUGUCCUCGUAGUUCACAGUCAGCAGCUCAGCUACUGA